AUGGAGGAGAGAUACCUUAAGGGAGUCAAGGAGAGGUUUCCUGUGAUGGCCAACUUGGAUAAGGAGUGUGAGGAGGGAGAGGUCGAGUACGUGCUUGACGAUAGCAAAAUCAAGACUAGCAGAGGCGAAGAUAGCGACAAUACUAGGUACAUCUUUAUGGUGCCUACAAGGCAGGACCCAGAGCUAAACCUCGAACACCUACAUGGGGCCGCGUCCAAGCUCAGAGAGAUGGCCGCGAAGACGGCUAGAGGUGAAAUCCGCAUAGCACUCCCCCCAGGACUGAACGAAGAUCAUAUUAGAGAGGAUACUACGCUCGAGUCUGAUGCUAUGUCGAAAAAGACAGUCCCGGACUUGGGUGACGGUAGGGAGGAGGUUUUAGUCAGAGUAGCGCCCGACACUACCAGAGCCAAUGACUCCGUCGCUCUGGUGCCAAGCGGUUUCCUCCUCCUGGGACGAAAGAAAAAAGAGAAACCGGACGGGCCUCCGACCCUAGAAGAGGAAAAUGCUAGUCAAAAUACAACUAAAUUAGACAAAUUAGUGGAAAAAGCCAGUUGCGGAACUCAAGUUUCAGGGGAAGACAUGAAGCAAGAUAUAGAAUUGAAGAGAAUAAAAGAGGGAAACCUUAUACGGAAGGCACUGAGUCAACACGAGGGCUAUGAUAAGCUAGCUACUGUCCUUGAUAUGGACUGGCCCGGAGAAAUCUAUAGGACUAAAGUAACAUAUGGACCAAUCCCAAACCAAAACCAGAAUUCCGACCUGGCAAUUAUACUUGAAGUUAACACUCAGAAGGAAGAGGAAAGCAUGAGAGAAGUGCUGGAUAGAUGCCCCGAAGUUGGUAAGCUGAUAGAUGAAGGUCUUAUCGGAGGAGAGGUCGAAUACAUCCAGAAUGUAUCAGAGGUUACAAGUAGCUGGGGUGGAAGUAUAUCCUGCCGAGACAAAAUGAAUGCUCAAGGGGAGGAAAAGGUGACAAUCUGGGCGGCGGAGAACCUAGAGGAGGACAUAUGCAGGAAAUGGCGUGUAUACGCAUUCUUGAAAGAGGAAAUGGAAAUAACCCUAUUAAGGAGGGAACCGAAAAGGAGGAAAAUAAAUAGAUAUCGGCGACCUGAUGAUAAAAUAAUAAUAAAAGCAAACGGAAUGCAAUAUUCCGAUCCCCUGAAAGCAGUUAAAGCUAGCGUUAAUAUAGAGCAGGAAGGAGUGAAAAUAAAACAGAUCAGGAAAACGAUGAAAGGAGAUCUUAUGCUCGAGGUAGAAGGAGGGAAAGAGAAAUCCGAAAGGCUCAUGGAAGCAAUAAAAGCAAAAGAGCCAAACUAUGCUAUAGACGUCAGAAGAAAAGAUGCAGAUUGA